GACGUCACCGCGUGUUUACAUCUCGCGAGGCCGAGAGUUUGUGGCGGCUGCGGCGUUCAGCGCCCGUCUCGCUAAUUAGAAGAUAAACUCGCUACUUUGUUUGGUUUUCGCGACGUCUUUUCGUUUGGUUAGUGGGGGAAGUUUUGUUUUGCUCGUGAGAGGGGGGAGAGGGGGGACAGGACUGUGCUCAGACAGCGACUCGCGGCGUCUUCCCGCGGCCUGGAAGCAGGAAGUGCCGAGGCUGAUUGUGGGCCCACAACCAAGGAGCGGAGGUCAGCGGAGAUGUCGAUGGAGCACGAGAGGCCGCCCCACCUGCAGAUGAACGGAGCGCACGCCAUGGGCUCCUCCCCGGUCGACGCCCAGGGGCCCCUGCGCAUGGGCCCCGCGUCCUGCUCCGGGCCUCCUCCGUCCAGCCUCUUCUCGCCCGAGGAGACGGUGCAGCAGAUCCGAGACCUGCUGCGCGAGAACGACGAGCUCAGGAAUGCCGUGAAGACCAUGACGCAGACGAUGCAGCAGCAGUACACGGACAUCAUGGCGUGGCGCGACGGGCUGCAGAAGGAGAAGGAGUUUGCCGUCGCCAAGUUCACGGAGGCCCGCAUCAGCGUGGAGAGGCUGACGACCGAGUGCGAUGGCUACAAGCGAAAGUUGCUGCAAGCGGAGAGGCAACUCCGCGGCGGUGAGGAGGACAACGACGAGGAGGGCGCCCGUGCGGAGCCCAAAAGCGCGGGCUCUUCUCUGUCGACGCUGGCCAGCGCCUCGGCAAGCCUCGCCUGGGAGGAUGACGUGGGCCACUUGGCAGCGAACAUGAGGGCCCCGGGGGGCGAGCAGACCGAGUACGUGGUGCUGCUGCGCAACCAGAAGGAGCACCUGGAGGGCGAGGUGCACCACCUGAAGGAGCAGCUGCACAAGAUGAUGCAGGAGAAGGCGGAGGUGGUCGCCCUCAACAACGAGCUGCAGCUGCAGGCCAGUGCCGAUGUGACGGACGGCGAGUCGAGCCCUCGCGCUGACGAGUCCUACGUGGAGAUCCGGGAGGUCGAAGGCUACAUGGUGGAGCAGCCAUCGCGGAGAGGGAAACACCUCAACCCGGAGAGCAGCAGCAGCAGCAGCAUUGCAGCGCCGCUGGAGGAGGGCCGCACCUACAGCAGCUCCACGGAGCUGACCGUGAGCCGCCUGCUGCUGCAGCUGCAGGAGAUGACUAAGCAGCGGCAGGAGGUCGACGAGCUUCUGCGCAAGAGCGAGCGCAGCAAGGCGGAGCUAGAACUGCGCCUGUCGGAGGCGGAGAGCCGCCUGGCGGACGCCGUGGCGGAGACGGCGGCGCUGCGCGACGAGCUGAGCGUGCGCCUGCGCGACAAGGAGAGCGAGCUGGCGCAGCUCGCUGGCGCCAACAGCACGCACCGGCAGGACGCGCAGAAGCGCAUCGAGGCGCUCAUGCAGCAGAUCGACGAGAUGAAGCGCAGCCACGCCGAGAAGCAGCAAUCACUGGAGGACGUGCAGAUGCUCAAGUCCCAAGUGACCUCGCUGGUCGGGGAGCUGAACGAGGCGCAAAACAAGCUGCAGGCGGCCGAGACGCUCAAGAAGAACCUGCAGCAGCGGGUGCACGCCCUGGAGGCGAAUCACAAGCGUCUGCAGGGCGAGGUGGAGGAGCAGCGGCAGCAGCACACGCUCGCCGUCACCCGCCUCACGCUGCAGUGCCACGACAGCGAGUCGGCCCUCAAGGCCGAGCGGCAGAAGUCCACCGAGGAGAAGCGCAAGCUGGCGCAGCUGCAGGCCGCCUACAACCAGCUGUUCGCAAACUACGACGAGCUCAUCAAGGAAAUGGAGCAUCAGAAAAAAAUGAUGCCCGACCCUCGCGAGGCAAUGCGCCUGCACGAGCAGCUGCACGAGAGCGAGCAGGCGCUGCUCGACAAGCAGGAGCUCAUCGACAAGCUCAAGGGCGCCGUGGCCCGCAGCGAGGGCCAGCUGGACACCAUGGCCGUGCUCAAGGCACAGGCCGAGAUUUUCAAGCUGGACUUCGAGGCGGAGCGGACGGCUCGCGAGGAGAUGCACUGUGAGAAGGAGAGGCUGAAGGAGCAGCUGGCUGCCGUGCGGCUCGACAACGAGCGGAUCAAGGACGAGCUCGAGGCCUACACGAGAGGGCAUCUCCACGAUAUGCAGAGACGCCACACGGGGCACUUCAUGCAGGACGAGAGAGAGGCCGCCCCUCUGCCCCAGCCCCUGCCGAUGCCCAACCCGCCCCACGUGCAGCCGAACCAGAUGCAGCACACGUGCCCCAUUUGCAACUUCAACGCGCCCGACAUGGACACGCUGCAGAUCCACGUGCUCGACUGCAUCCAGUAGCUGCGCCGCCGCCGCCGCGGGCUGGCGUGCCGCUAGCCGCUCGCCGUGCCCGCUCCUCCCACCACGUGAUCGUCGCCGCGGACGCCCACCUUCACUCACGUGGUCACGUUAACGACGAUAAGAAUGACGAUUCGGAGUCUCGUUUCGAUUUAAGGUUUAGCCCCCGCCGUACAGUUAAGACUAAGAGUAGUGCUGCGGAGUGUGUAGGAGGAAGCUGUAGUGAGCUUCCGGAAUAGAAAGGCACAGGAAUGCGAUGCCUCUGCCGAUUUUGAAUGUUCACGAAUGUUCACGAAUGUUAAGGCAAUUGUUGCAAGUCCCACGGCGCACAUUUGUCUGUGGUGUGGCCCGGCCGUGAGAGACCUCCACUUGAAUCGUGAGUUCAGGACCCGAUUCGUAGUCGACUUAUCGACUACGAAUUUGCAAUUGCUGCAAGUCCCACGGCGGUUGCGUUAUGAAGCGGCUUUCCCCCGGCCAUAGAAACGUGGAAUUUCCACCCUAUUUCCUGAGUGGACUGACACCGAGCAGUGCUUCCCCGUCCCGCACUUCUGCUGGUAGAUGCGUUCGACGCAAGUUGGUGAACGCUUGAGCCGGACAUCUCCCUUCUGUAGCGAGCGUGGUCCAGAGCCAGUGGUGGAAAUUCCACGUUGCUAUGGCAGGGGGGGGAGUUUAAGUCUCGCCUUAAGAUGCCCAAUGCUGAUUUUAACAAUCCCACGGGGACGAUGGUGUAUGGGCCUGGACCCUCAACCAGAGCCUGUGACUCGGUUGAGUGUUCCAACCAUGUUGCCGAUGGGCUACAUUUUAAAACGAGUGAACGGUAAAAGACUUUGAGACUCGCGCAGCGUGAAUGUUGCAGUCCGUAAUCAUUUUAGAAACUCCACUCGAAUUUAGGACGAAUGCAUUUUCCCCACGGACCAAACCGCAGAUGCGUUUCCCGGGCAGCCGAGGCAGCGCACCAGAUCUUGGCCGGCCGCCCCAACACAGACGCCAAUUCCCAGACCGUCCGGGUCAAACCAGGAGAGGUGGGCUACCCCUGCUUGCAUUUUAACAUGUGGUCGGCUUUCGCGACACUUACUAUUCGUAAUACUAAUUUUGGAUCGCGUAAAUAUAAAUGUGUCGUUGACCCGCCGCCGCCGCCGCCAGACAAUGAGUAAGGUUUGUGACGUUCAGAGAGCGAUGCAUUAUUAUCCAGUGGAUGGAUGUUUAAGGUGCCGAGACGGGUGUUAUUAUUCACGUGGUUUUUAACUCAACAGAUAUCCUUAGGUUUUUUCGGUAAAGUCACAUAGGUAAAAAAAUUAAAUAAAAUGUAGCUUUUUUCGGUAAAGUCACGUAGGUAAAAAAUUUAAAUGAAAUGUAGGUUUUUUUCGCUAAAGUCACGUAGGUAAAACAUUUUAAGAAAUUUUUUUUUUACCUACGUGACUUUACCGAAAAAACCUAAGAAUAUGAAUCCUUGCAGUCACGAAAGCUUCAAAUCUAGAAUCAACAGAUAUCGUUAAUUCUGGUGCACCGCAUGCAUUGGCCGUUUAAAUUCCUCUCCCGUCUUGGGAUGUUGGGUCGUCUUCCAAACGCGUUCUCACAUGAACUUGAAUGCCCUGGUAGCGUCUUCCUCAGGUGUGGAACAUCAGGGGCCAAUCAUUUGUGACCCUGGGCCAAUGGUGGAAAUUCCACAUUGAUAUGGCAGCAGAGGAGGGAGGGAUGAUGAUGGCUCCAGUUCAUCCUCUUGAGCAGGUUUCCGAUUACGCCUCUGAUUAUUAAAAUGUGGAAUGUGUCUUGAACACGAAAGGAAUUGUGAACAAUGCUUCGCCUAAAUACAAUUACGUGGGAAUUAA